UGCUCUGGUUUGAGAGUUGAGACCGACCAGUUGGCUCCGCCGCCGCAUCGAUCCUCUUCUUUCUUCCGCUCCAAGAUGCUGAGCCACCUGUUUCCGCCGCCGGUUUUACCUCCGGCUUUCUCGAUAUAACCGCCUGCCUCAGCCCGCCAGGCGCACACCAAAAGCGACCGAGCCCUCCAUCGCGACGACAGCCUCCGAUUCGCCGCACAAGCCAACCAUCCAAUGGCUCCGAGGAAGUUCUUCGUCGGCGGCAACUGGAAAUGCAACGGGACCACCGACGACGUGAAGAAGAUCGUCACCGUGCUCAACGAGGCCGAGGUGCCCUCCGAGGACGCCGUCGAGGUGGUGGUGAGCCCGCCGUUCGUGUUCCUGCAGCAGGUGAAGGGGCUGCUGCGCCCCGACUUCGCCGUCGCCGCGCAGAACUGCUGGGUGCGCAAGGGCGGCGCCUUCACCGGCGAGAUCAGUGCUGAGAUGCUGGUGAACCUGCAGGUGCCUUGGGUCAUUCUGGGGCACUCUGAGAGGAGAGCGCUGUUGAGCGAGUCAAAUGAUUUUGUUGCUGAUAAAGUUGCUUACGCUCUCGGUCAAGGACUCAAGGUAAUUGCUUGCAUUGGUGAGACCCUUGAACAGAGAGAAGCAGGAACGACAAUGGAAGUUGUUGCUGCUCAAACUAAAGCUAUUGCAGAAAAAAUAUCAGACUGGACAAACAUUGUGUUGGCAUAUGAACCAGUUUGGGCCAUUGGAACUGGCAAGGUUGCAUCCCCUGCUCAAGCACAGGAGGUUCAUGAUGGUCUGAGAAAGUGGCUCCACGCUAAUGUUGGUCUUGCAAUUGCUGAAUCUACCAGGAUUAUCUAUGGAGGUUCUGUAAAUGGGGCAAACUGCAAAGAACUAGCAGCUCAACCUGAUCUUGAUGGAUUCCUUGUUGGUGGAGCUUCACUGAAGCCUGAGUUUGUGGAUAUCGUCAAGUCUGCCACCGUGAAGUCUUCUUCUACCUAGUUUUUGAGACAUGCAGGGAGUUGCUUGUAGGAGUGAUUCUACUUAUCUUUAUAUAUAAGACUGUUUGACUAGCUUGUUCUAGUUCGAGUGCACUGAUAUGUCGUAUUAAGAGGAAUAGAGGAUGUUGCAUGCUUACAUAUAUGUCCCGCCUGUGCACAAAUUUGACAAAUUUGCAGCAGCCUGUUGACACUAUAUUAGGCGUACGAUUUCUUGUAUGACAGAUCUGGAGUUCUUGCUCACCAGGUGAAGAAACCGAGUUCAUAAUGAUUUUUAUCUGAAA